AUGGCACCGAUUCAAGGACUGCUCCGUCCCUGGCAGAAGGAAGAGAAAUUUGACCAGAAAAACAGAGCUCCUACCACCUACAAUCCGUUAUAUUCCUAUCGAUUGCCUCGAGGAGAAAACAAACACUACCUGCAACAAUAUGGCGACACGUAUUUCUUACGACUUGCGAAGUUGAAGCCUGUGGUUGAAAAGAUCGCGGUAGAAGAUUGGAAGGAUUUCGAGAUCGCGGGAGAAAAAGCAAAAAGGGUGGACAGAGUUCUAGAUGUCCGACAGGGUCAACUAUGUUGGGUUGUCGGGACCAUCUAUAUGGACAUGCCAUUGAAACCAAACAUUCUGGACGACAUAGCCAAGGAGAACUGGAUCGCGGGACCACCAGCACGACACUCAUACUUUUCUGCAGAGAGAGAGACCCAAGUUAUGUUGGAGGACGAAUCUGGGAGACUUCGACUUACCGGAACAAUGUUGAAGAACAGCUUGCUGGUCACUGGCAUUAUCGUUGCCGUUCUCGGAACUGAGAAUGCCCACGGAGACUUCGAGGUACUUGACAUACACAUUCCAGGACUACCACGACAGCCGAAGAGAUGGGAAUGCGAUGAAGAGGAGGAGAAAAUGGACGUCGGUCAACCAAAGAAAAUGAUUGCUCUCGUUAGCGGCCUUGACAUUUCCGGCUCCGAUGCAGAUACGCUGAGCCUCUCCCUUUUGACUGAAUUCCUCCUCGGUGAAGCGUUGGAUGACGACAACCGAGACAAAGCCAGCACGAUUUCUCGCCUAAUUAUUGCGGGAAAUUCCAUCGCCUCAGAUCUGCUCCCCAACCAUCAAACCUCCAUUGAGGAUGGGAAGAAGCCCGGAAACCGAAAAUAUGGCUACGACGCCUCGUCUUACAAUGCGAUACCGACGACUCUUCUCGACCAAUUUCUCGCAGAACUUCUUCCAAGCAUUCCCAUUACCAUCUUAGCCGGUGAACAAGACCCAGCAAAUGCUACCUUGCCUCAACAACCUAUCCAUCCUGCAAUGUUCCCACAUGCCCGAGCCUACGCGUCGGCAAAUGUCGAAAACCCUGAAGAAGACGAACCAGGCUGGCUUGAUAGCGUUACCAAUCCCUGGGAUGGAGACGUAGAUGGUUGGCGAUUCAUGGGAAACAGUGGUCAACCAAUUAACGAUAUCCUCAACUACGUCGACCUGGGUGAUCCUGAUGGGAAAGAUGCAGAUGGAAGGUUGGAAAUCAUGGCCAGCAUGCUCAGGUGGCGAUGCGGUGCACCGACAGCCCCAGAUACGUUAUGGUGUUACCCAUUCCAGGAAAAGGAUCAAUUUCUUAUCGAGCAGUGUCCCCACGUCUUCUUUGUGGGAAAUCAACCAAAGUUUGGCACGACCGUCAUCGAUGGCCCCGGCGAGCAACAAGUUCGACUCAUCACCAUCCCAUGCUUCCAUGAGACUGGUGAACUUGUGUUGGUGGAUGCAGAGACGCUGGAGGUCGAAGUGGUCAAAUUCGACGUUCAUAACUCCUCCCCACUCAACGGACCUUGA